ACCCUGAUGUUCCCACUAUGUCAGCAAUUUAAAGAUACAGCCAGCCAUAACUGCACUGGAAAUCCCACCUUCCAAAGUUGAAUUUUUGCCCAUAAUUUUCUUCACUGUUCCAUCCGUUCGCCGCGGCGGAGACACCCAGCGAACAACCGACCCAACUGCCCAACCAACUUCUUCCGUCACAUGGCUGGAGAUAAUCCAGACAGCAAUUUAAUAUACCUCCAUGGAGACCUCGACCUCAAAAUCAUCGAAGCCCGAUGCCUGCCCAACAUGGACUUAGUGUCCGAGCGCCUCCGCCGUUGCCUCGCCGCAUUCGACCUCUGCCGGAAGCCGUGUACCUCAAGUACCCGCGGUAAUCAUCACCACCACCGUAAGAUUAUCACCAGCGAUCCGUAUGUCACGGUUUGCCUCGCUGGAGCUCGGGUCGCCCGAACCCGGAUUAUAUCCAAUUCGCAAAACCCAGUUUGGGAAGAGCAUUUCAAGAUCCCAUUAGCUCACCCGGUUUCCCAGGUAGAGUUCGAGGUGAAAGACAAUGACGUGUUUGGAGCGGACCUCAUUGGCAUUGCCAUCCUGCCAGCAAAGAGAAUAGCCUCUGGCGAGCUCAUCGAUGAGUGGUUUCCAGUGAUAGGAUCAAAUGGAAAGCCUCCAAAACCCGAUACAGCAAUCAGAUUGCAAAUGAUAUUCAUCCCUUGUCAACAAAAUCCCAUCUACCUAAAUGGCAUUUCGGAAAACUAUGGAUUGGAGAAAAGUUAUUUUCCAUUACGGCAUGGAGGAAAGGUGACACUUUAUCAAGAUGCACAUGUGAUCGAUGGUAUGCUGCCUGAAAUUGGAUUGGAUAAUGGGAGAAACUUUGAGCAUGAAAAGUGUUGGGAGGACAUAUGCCACGCAAUAUUGGAAGCACACCAUUUGGUGUAUAUUGUUGGCUGGUCAAUUUAUCAUAAGGUAAAGUUGGUGAGGGAGCCUACUAAACCAUUGCCGAAUGGCGGAGAUUUGAAUUUGGGGGAGUUACUGAAAUACAAGUCUCAAGAAGGGGUGAGAGUGCUGUUGUUGGUUUGGGAUGAUAAAACUUCCCACAACAAGUUCUUUAUUAAAACGGAAGGAGUGAUGCAAACUCACGAUGAAGAAACUCGAAAAUUUUUCAAGCGCUCCUCUGUCACAUGUGUCCUGUCCCCUCGUUAUGCAAGCAGUAAGCUCAGCAUUUUCAAGCAACAGGUUGUUGGAACUCUUUAUACUCACCAUCAGAAAUGUGUGAUUGUGGACACCCAAGGCCAUGGCAAUAACCGGAAGAUAACUUCAUUCAUUGGCGGUCUAGACCUCUGUGAUGGACGCUAUGAUACACCUGAGCAUCGAUUGUUUUGUGAUCUGGAUACUGUCUUUAAAGAUGACUUUCAUAAUCCAACAUUUCCUCCAGGAAAGAAAGGCCCAAGACAACCAUGGCAUGAUUUGCAUUGUAAACUUGAAGGCCCAGCUGCUUAUGAUGUGCUCAAGAACUUUGAGCAACGGUGGAGAAAAGCGACUAAAUGGUCUGAGUUUGGACAAAAGUUUAAAAGAAUAUCACACUGGCACGAUGAUGCUCUACUUAAGAUUGAACGUAUUUCAUGGAUAAUUAGUCCUUCAACAACCGUGCCAAGUGACCAUCCUUCGUUGUGGGUUUCCCAGGAAGAUGAUCCAGAGAACUGGCAUGUUCAGGUUUUCCGGUCUAUAGAUUCAGGAUCGCUCAAGGGAUUUCCCAAGAAUGUCCAUGCAGCUGAUGCACAAAACCUAGUAUGGGCAAAAAAUUUGGUGAUAGAUAGGAGCAUUCAAAUGGCUUAUAUCCAGGCAAUAAGAUCAGCUCAACACUUCAUAUACAUUGAGAAUCAAUAUUUCCUCGGGUCAUCUUAUGCUUGGCCCUCCUAUAAAAAUGCAGGUGCUGACAAUUUAAUCCCAAUGGAACUGGCCUUAAAGAUUGCCAGUAAAAUAAGGGCAAAGGAGAGAUUCACUGUUUAUGUUGUUAUUCCCAUGUGGCCAGAGGGUGCUCCGGAGUCUGCCUCUGUACAAGAAAUCCUUUAUUGGCAGGGGCAAACAAUGCAAAUGAUGUAUGAUAUUAUUGCUCGAGAGAUCAAGUCCUCUCAGCUUGAGAACGCACAUCCGACUGACUAUCUGAAUUUUUACUGUCUUGGCAACCGGGAGGAAUGUCAUGAAGAAGAAUCAAAGGCAAAUGGCCAACCCUCAUCCAACGGAAACACAGAUACAGCUUCGAAAAAAUUUGGUCGAUUUAUGAUUUAUGUACAUGCCAAGGGAAUGAUAGUGGACGACGAGUAUGUAAUACUGGGUUCUGCCAACAUAAACCAACGGUCUAUGGCUGGCUCAAGAGAUACAGAGAUUGCCAUGGGUGCUUAUCAGCCCCAUUACACCUGGACCAAGAAGAAGGAACAUCCACGCGGCCAGAUUUAUGGAUACAGAAUGUCUCUCUGGGCAGAGCAUAUUGGAAAGAUUGACCGGUGCUUCCACGAACCCGAAGAUUUGGACUGUGUGAGGUAUGUAAAUAACAUUGCGGAAGAAAAUUGGAUGCGGUACACAGCCGAAGAGUUCACCCCAUUACAAGGGCACAUCCUCAAAUAUCCAGUGGAAGUGAGUGCCGAGGGAAAGGUAAACUCUUUGCCUGGAUACGAGAAUUUCCCGGAUGUCGGUGGUAGGGUGCUAGGAGCUCCAACCAGCUUGCCUGAUGCUUUGACUACUUGAACUCCCUCAAGAUUUCUUUCCUUUUCAUGUUCAUAGUUUCAUACAGAUGUUAAAUACCCCAAGAAAGGAUUGGAUGGAGAACAAUUACAAUACAAUUUUUACUUGUGUGAGAAACUACUUGAAAGGGAUACUUUCCGAGCUUUUCUUGUGUCAUUUGCAUAUAGAAACUAUUUGUAUCAUUGUACCGCAAUAGUCAUUCUUACUUGUUUCU